UCUCCGGGAAGAUGUCUGUGAUGAGUCCGGACCGAGAAACCAGGAGCUAACGGCAGCGAGAGCCUCGACCGUUGGAUGUUGAGUGUAAAAGUUUCCCUUCGGACGGUUGCUUGUGAUCUGAGGGGAUUAAACCACCGAGAGGGACAGGUGUCCUCUCACGUCAGCAGCCCUUCUCCCCUCUCCAUCCCCCGCUAGACUGCAGCACCACCCGGGCUCGGAGUGUCCCGUCCCGGUUGUUCUCUUUUCUUUUUGUACGAAGCUGGACUUUUCCGAGCCAUGUUGUGGACGAAGUGGCUCGUCCUGCUGCUCUGCUGGGGGGCCACAAGCGGCGAGCAGCAGGCGCCUGAGCGGGACGCGGCCCCGGCUGAACUGCGGGCGGACCCCCGCAGGCAGCGCUCCCCUCCGCCGGUGGAGCCGUUGGAUUUUGGGUUUGUACCGGCGGCGGUUUAUGAUACCCACGCUUACUACGAGCCAGGGGCCAUAGGGAUCCUCUUCCACAUGGUCCACGCUUUUCUCUACGUGAUCCAGCCGAACCCCUUUCCCAAAGAUCUGAUCGUUCAAGUUAUUCAACAGAACAUGGGAGGAAUCAAAAUAGAAGAAUGGAGAAAGCCAGAAAAUGUGGUCCUGUUGCUGCAGUGGAUCUACUACGAGGUGGGAUUCCUCGUGUGCACGACCAUCGGUGUCCUGUUCGUGGUCCUCACCCCCAUCAUAGGCAUGUGUUUCUGUGUGUGUCGAUGCUGUGAGAACUGCGGCGGGGAGAUGCACCAGAGACAGAGGAAGAACAUCGACUGUCAGAGGGGUUUCUUCACUGCCUCGCUCAUCGCCACCUCCAUCUUCAUCAUUCUGGGAGUACUUAUUGCCUAUGCUGCGAACCAUAAUGUCAGCUCCCAGAUUAAGAGCACUCGGCGGUUCAUCAACACCAAUAUGAGAGACCUGAAAACGUUUGCUAACAACACACCUGCGCAAAUUGAUUACCUGACAGGCCAGUACACCACAGCAAAGAACAAAGUCCUGUCAGAACUCGACAACAUUGGACCUUUGCUGGGUGGGAGGAUCCACAGUCAGCUGGAGAAAGAGGUGGUUCCCUCAUUGGACACUGCGCUGCGAAUGGCAGGAGCAAAAGUUGAGAAUGCCAUCAAAGCCAUGCGGGAGACUAAAGAGGCCCUGGAGAACGUCAGCUCCUCCUUGGAGGUUCUUCAGGAGGGGACGGGGAAAGUUCAGGCCAGCCUGUCGGAGGAGCGCGCCUCUCUGUCCAACACCCUGUCGGACCCCGCCUGCACUAACGGAGCGGUGUCUCACACCUGUAACAGCAUCCGCUCCACGCUGUCCCAGCUGGGAGUCAACGCUGACUUCUCCAGGCUCCCAGAUGUCAGUCAUGCCUUGGCCAACAUCAACACCGUCCUGAGAACAGACCUCAGCAACAUAGUACAAAAGGGUUACUCGUCAUUUAACGACACACCAAGGCUGGUUAAAGAACAAACUAAAAACAUUGUCUCAGCUCUACCUCGGGUAAAAGGCAUGCUGGAUAAGAUUGGUACAGAGAUCAACGGCUUCGCCAAGAUGUUCCCAGUGGAAGCUUCUCUGAGCAAUUUCACCAUUUUCCUCAACCAAGAACAGAAAAAAAUUGAGUCCUUUUACCCACAGAUUGACCAAAUGGAUUUCUACAGGUGGAUCGGCUGUGUUGCCGUGCUCUGCAUGAUCGUCCUGGUCCUGGCCUUCAACGUCCUCGGACUGCUGUGCGGCACCUGUGGCUACGACAAGCAAGCUACACCAACAACCCGAGGCUGCCUGUCGAACACCGGCGGCAACCUGCUAAUGGCUGGGGUGGGUUUCACUUUCAUCUUUGCCUGGGUGCUGAUGGGCAUCGUGACCACCCUGUUUGUUGUUGGUGGCAACGUUGAGAAGCUGAUCUGUGAACCGCUGGCUAACCGGCAGUUGUUCAAGAUCAUAGACACACCAUUCUUGGUUCAUCCCGAGAAGAGGAACUUCCUUCCUGGGAUGCUGUUUCAGAAUCCGAACAUUGACUUGACUCUGGGAAGCAUGUACAGGGAGUGCUAUGAGAACAAUGGCCUGUACCAUGCUCUGCAGCUGGAGACCAUGUUCAACAUCAACUCCUUCCUCAACAGAACUGUGUACAACAGGGACCUGGCCAAAGUGUUUGACAGCGUGCAGGUCGACCUGCAGGACAUCACGCUGCUGGAGCAGGCCGGCAGAGACAACCUCAUCAACUUCGCCAACUCUGGAGUUGGACAGAUUGACUACGAGGCCUACCUGGCUGAGGUAAAUAAGGGAGUCACUCUCGUGGAUCUGUUGUCCUUCUCUGCUGACCUGGAGGCUCAGGCCGACCAACUGCCACGAGGUGCUCUGGAGAACGCACUGAAAGGACAUGCCAGCAGUAUCAGACAAAUUCACAGAGAACAUGUGGUUCCCAUGGAGCAAGCAAUGAGCACCCUGAGCCAGAGCAUCAAGCAGCUGCAGAGGAUGUCCAGCGACCUGCCGGUCAAGGUCACAAAUAUCCUGAGUGCCAUCGAUGCAGCAGAGUACCUCAUCACUCAUAACGCCUCCCAUGUGGUGAAACAGGAAACAAAAGGCUACAUUCAGAGCUUGGUGGGAUACUUCAAACAGUACACAGACUGGGUUAAAAACUCGUUGACUGCAGAGGUGGCCCAGUGCAAACCCAUCAGUAACCUUGUGGACAGCAUGGAGAUAGUAGCAUGCAGCUUCAUAAUGGAUUCAGUGAACACGUUCUGGUUCGGUCUGGGAGGCUGCUGUGUCCUCCUCAUCCCCAGUAUCAUCUUCUCCGUCAAACUGGCCAAGUAUUACAGAAGGAUGGACACAGAGGACGUCUUUGAAGACGGACAAGAGAGCUGGAACUGAUAUUUCCCUCGUGGAUCACAGGACUUUCCAGCUUUAUUAUUCAAAUCUUUUGACACUUCCAAGAACCAAAGGGAAGAACAGCAACAUUCAGGAACUGUGUGGUGAGGGCAUCUCAGCCUCCAGUGCCCCUUCAAGCCAUUUGACAAGGACCUCUGAUGCCAGCCAACUGUAAUUUAUCAGGUGUUCUCUCAUACACACCAGCAUGUAGUCACAGCAGUACCACGGCAGUCCUUCUCCUGUCAACUAUCAGAGCAAUGUUCCUGCAUAGCUAGUUUGACCUGUAGAGAAUGCAUUUGUUUGUAUUUGCAUGAUCAGUUUUAACAUACGGUGACACAACUGUACAUUUUUUACGCUUUCAAAACUUUUGAAAGUUUUAUAUAUUUUUGUUAAUGUUUGUUUUAUAAAAUGUAAGUAGUUUUUUUUGUAGUGGUAGCCAUUUUCUUUUUUUUCUUUUUUCUUUUCUUUGUUAAUAUUUGUAAUAUAGCUUUGCAUCAUUUUGGCUCAACAUGUUGCAUCGGCCAGGAAAUUUGGGAAUACUUCAUCAUUUUGCUAAAUACGCUUAUUUGCUUUCUUUCUGAAAGUUAGAAGAGACGAUGCCACUCUUGUGUCUUUUGGUUGAAUACCAGCAGCCAGUAAGCUUCAUUUAGCAUAAAGACAAAGAGUUUACAGCCAUGCUAGCAGUGGUGCUGGGAGCUAAAUGCUAACAUCAGCAUGCUAACAAGCCCAUAACGACAAUGCUAACAUGCUGAUUUGUAGAUGGUAUAAUGUUUACCAUGUUUGAAGCUUAUUUUACAAUGUUAGCAUCCUAACAUUGCUAAUUAGCACCAAACAGAGUAUAUUGUCACAAUCAAAGUGCUGGACAAAUUAAAAAUUUUGACCUGAUGGUGGGACUAGAUGAAAAGUCAGGUGAUCACCAAAGUUAUCACAGAUCUUCCUCUUGUAACCAUGGAUAUCUGUCGCACAUUUUAUGGCAAUCUGUCUUAUAUUUGUGGACUAAAAACUAAAAAUGUCAUCCUCAUGUUGGUACUCGAACCAAGCCUUGCCGCUAGCAUGGCUGAAAACAAUUUGUGGGAUCCAGAGUUUAUCCUGAUCCGAUGCUACUACAACAGCCAAAGUGUUGCUUGCUAUUCAACACCCACAUAAGGUGCGUACACCUACCCCAACAAGGUUUUAAGACAGCUAACAAACAAAUAUUGUGUCUUUAGGCAUUUCUCGCCAGACCAUUAGUGAGGGCCUAGUUGCUUGUGG